UCACUCUCCGUUAGUAUCUCACAGGAUAUGUUCCCCAGAAACAUUUCCGUACAAUAGAGGACAGUGAGUGUGUGAGCAGAAAGAUGUUCUCUGUCCUUAGGAGACCCACAGUGACCCGGUCCAGGUUGAUGAAAGCCAUUCAGCAAAAUCACAGGUCAAACAUCUACAGCAAGCCACCAAAGGAAAAGAUCGGGCCAGUGCAAUCUGUCAUUGCCAUAUGUGUGUUUGCUGUGACUCUCUUGGGCCCAGCUGGAUGGAUCAUGCAUCACAUCCCAGACUACCGGCAGAGAUCACCUCCACAACCCUGACUUCUGCAAGAACUCUCCAUUCAGGAAGACACCCAUGCACUAUUAUUAUUGCGUCUUUCCACUGUGUAAAAUGUUAUGAAGGGAAGUAAAACUUGAUGAUGAAACAGUUUCCCUGAAUAAAGACUUUGACAUCA